UUUUUAUACACACAGGCGCAAGUUAGAACAGCCCUCUGGGUUUUUUCAUCGUAUCACAAAAUCUCUCCCCUCUUUGGAUUGGGAACGAUGCAGACGAUUUCGAGGAGAUUAGCUCGUGAAUCCGUUUACUGUCGGCCGGCGAUUUACUCGCUUUACCCUACUUCCGAUCAGUAUUAUGGUGCUUAUGAUCGGCGAUACGCUUCUACGCUUGCCACCAAAGGUGUGGGGCAUUUGGUCCGAAAGGGUACUGGUGGAAGAUCAUCCGUUAGUGGCAUAGUUGCUACAGUAUUUGGAGCUACCGGUUUCCUUGGGCGUUACUUGGUGCAAGAGCUUGCUAAAAUGGGUUCUCAAGUGCUGGUACCUUUUAGAGGUUCUGAGGAUUCACCUCGUCAUCUCAAACUGAUGGGUGAUUUGGGACAGAUUGUUCCCAUGAAAUAUAAUCCAAGAGAUGAAAACUCAAUUAAGGCGGUCAUGGCCAAGGCAAAUGUUGUUAUCAAUCUCAUAGGAAGGGAAUAUGAAACUAGAAAUUAUAGCUUCGAGGAAGUGAACCAUCACAUGGCUGCACAACUUGCAAAGAUAUCCAAAGAACAUGGUGGAAUUAUGAGAUUUAUACAAGUUUCUUGUUUAGGAGCCUCUCAAUCAUCUCCAUCCAAAAUGCUCCAAGCUAAAGCUGCUGCGGAGAAAUCCAUCUUAAGUGAACUGCCUGAGGCCACAAUACUGAGACCGGCAGUGAUGGUUGGUACAGAAGAUCGUAUCCUGAAUCCAUGGGCUCACUUUACAAAGAAAUAUAACUUUCUUCCGCUUGUCGGCGGUGGAGCUACCAAGAUUCAACCUGUAUAUGUUGCUGAUGUUGCUUCUGCAGUUGUUGCGGCUUUGAAAGAUGAUGGUAGCAGUAUGGGAAAACUAUAUGAACUUGGUGGACCAGAUGUUUAUACGCUGCAUCAAUUGGCUGAACUUAUGUACGAAAUGAUUCGAGAAUGGCCUCAUUAUGUUAACGUUCCUUUCCCUAUUGCUAAGGCAAUCUCAAGUCCUCGAGAACUAUUGCUGAAUAAAGUUCCUUUCCCAUUGCCAACACCAAGCAUCUUCAAUCUGGAUGUAAUUAAUGCUCUUUCCUCAGAUACAAUCGUCUCAGAAGAUGCUCUAACGUUCAAUGAUCUUGGCAUCGUGCCACAUAAGGUGAAGGGAUACCCUAUUGAGUUUCUUAUCCAGUAUCGCAAGGGUGGUCCCAAUUAUGGUUCUACAGUCAGCGAACGAGUGACUCCAGAAUCGUAUCCUUGAGUUUCUUGGAUCUUUAAAUCAGUAAAAAAUUGGUGCAAGAUCCAACUGGUAGCUCGGAUAGAGGUUUCCAGGUGCAUUUUCUUUUCCCCAAGACCAAUUAGGGAGGAAUAAAAAAGGUUUCAACUCUUUUUUUCUUGAACAAUGGCAUGAUGAUUUGUAUAAUUCCGAUUUCCGAAUCUUAUUUUUCUCCAUUUUCGUGUUAAAUUUAGAAAYACGGAAUUUGUUUCGGCUUCUCAGCCUUGAGAAUAACAUACAUGUUUUUUGAAGACU